CAGCAUCAGAAUGGGCGAUAGGGAAACACUGGCAAAGGCCCGAAUGGAACUUGAAGAACUAUAUCUGGGCAUCCCAGAUGACUCUGUUAAUCUCACUUUCCAGGACCUUGCUGACAUGCAGCAAAAGGCAGCAGACCCGUCAGAAAACAACAACAACAAGAAAUAUACCACCAUGGAGACCGUUCAUGAAGACAAAGGAUCAUCUUUGACCAAACUUCCCAGCCUUGAUUUCAACAGGGGCCUGCAUGAGACCAGCCAACAUCAACAACGACGACACCUUCACCAUAAACCCUAUCUUGAAGAGAGUGGCGACUUUGGUUCACACAUGGAAAUGGAUCACCAUCGUCCCCGUCAUCAUGAUAGCCGUGCAUGGAAGGAUCAACGAAGGCAUGCAACUAGUCCGGGGGCUCAUACGGAGUUCAGGCAUGGGAUGGAGAAAAGCGUGGCCUACGAUGAUAUAAGCGUGGUAAGCAUGGCUUCCAACUAUCCAGAAAGAGGACAAAGACGCCGGCCUGGGAUUCCUCACUCCAAUAUAUGCACCAUCUGCAGUACUUAUAUCUACAUCUUCCGCCAUCGAUGCCUGGUUUGUGGAAGGGUGUAUUGUAGGCAAUGUGUUUGUAUAGGCAUGGGAGAAAUGACAGAAGGCAGAAAGUGCGUGUUGUGUCUGGGGAGAAGAUUCAGCCCAAGGUACAUAAAAAGAGCAGGAAAGAUGGGUUGCUGUUGGAGGUACCCGAGUACGGUGAAGCAAGCAGAGCUGAAGUGGGCGGAGAAAGGGCCUCGGAGAAGAGGGGAGCGAGCAGAUGGGCGCAGUUCCGUGAACAUGAUGUCGAGGGCAAGAAGCCCUCAAAGGAGUACAAUGACGACGACGACGACCAUGAGUAGCAGUACCCCAUCUUUUGUGGCUAGCUCACCUGCCUAUUCUCCAUUUAGUCAUCACCGCCUCCCCUUCUAAUA